GCAGAGCGACCGAGAAAUUUAUUACAUGGCGGAUGUACUGAUGUGCAAUUAUCCGGAGUUACUCUGUGUUUAAUUAAUUUAUUUUAGUUAUUUUAUAAUUUAUUGUUAAAUAGUGAAGUGUGUGAUGUGAAGUUAUCAUUGGUUUUGAUCCCAAGGAAUGUUUCAAUGCAAAGUAUCUCGGCUGAAACUACGAAUAACCUCCAAAAUGUUGGUAGCCGAUUUUCUUAUUUGGAACAAUAAACCUCAAGAAUCAUGUCUAUUUACGUCGUAAAAAAGUAAGGAUGUCGUGAGGAAAAUCCACCAUUACAUUAUGGAUCCGUUCAGGGUAUCAAGGAUAGGAGCUGUUACAAUACAGCGCAUCAUUCCUGAAGCGUCCAAACAGAGUAGUAGUCACACUCCUGUGUUCUCGAAUUUUAGCACUCAGAAUGAUUCGGAGAUCGAAAAUGAGCAAGGCAUCAAAACAGGAACGGCAGCUGAUCGUACUGCAGCUGACAUGGAAGUCGACGAAGACAAGCCAGUUCCCAACACUUUCUUCCCUGAAGAAAGCGAUACGAUGGGACCAGGCUUCGGAAGAAUGGAUCCAGAGCAGUCCUUCCAAGGCGAGGCUAGAAUGGUGGAAGGCUCGUUCAAAAUUGAAAAUCAUCCUGAAACGCUACAAAACCAGUCUCCAAAAUUCAGGCCAGGUGAUGAAAGCGGGAGCGUUUCAGAACCAAAGCCUGAAAGCGACAGAACUAUGGUAGGAAAUGAAAAUGAGUCCAAUGACCGGUCGGAAGUCUCAACGGAUUCUCGAACUUCAGGAGGCGGGGAAGAAGCCAGUAAUUCUUCUAAUAAGGCUGAUAGUAAGAUAACUCAAAAUAAUUUUUCUGAAGACAUCAAUAAAAAAUUAGGUAGAUUUGGUUUUAGUGUUAGCGUAAGUGAAGUAAAAAUUCCAUCCUCAGAUCAGACCUCAAUCGAUGAAGCUCUAGGCGAUGAGGCUCCAGACGAUGAAGGAUGUGAAGAUCCUAAUGUAGAGGAGCCGAAAGACGAAGACGGUCUUGAAUCCAUCGAAAACUUGGUUUCAUCUCUUAGCGAGCAGUCGGAUCAGUUUAAGGAGCUGAAGUCGAACGUAGAGUUUUUGGAUGCGUCUGACUUCAAGAAAGAAAUAUUUAGUGAGGAUCUAGACAGUGAAACCGCAAAAAGUGAUGUCAGAAAAGAGCCCAACCAGAUGGACGAUGAGCAAAAGAUGGAUGUAGCUAAUGACGACGUGAAAGUAAAGAAAGAAGACGAUGAUAAAGAGGGAGAUGAAGCAUCAGAAGAAGACGAUGAAACUGAAGGAGAUGGUGAUGGCGGAGAUGAAAAAGAUCUUGAUGAUAAAGAUUCUGACAAGCCUAAAAAGAAGCAUUCCAAGAAAAAGAAAACCAAAAAAUCACCCAGUAAAGAAGAUGGUGAAUCAACUUCCUCGGAUUCUGGUAGUGAUUCUGAAAAGAAAAAACGCAAGAAAGCUGGUGUGUUAAAUAUGAGGCGCAACAUUCGGGAAGUCAUGGACGAAACACAAUUAGACGAAUCAACACUCAAUGCUCAAAGACAAGAAGCUGAAAGAUUACGGCGCGUGCAAGAACAACAAAGAAUUAUAAGAGAGGUUCAAAGACAAAUAGCCAUUAACAGACAGCAAAAUAAAACACAAACCCGAGUGAUUUCGCUCCUGCAAGGAGGCUCCUCUUCCUCUAAAACCACUGUAACCUCAUCAAGCUCAUCUAAACCCAGCACAGUUGUCGUCAAAGUCUCCUCUGGCUCUGGCUCAACGCAAAUCGUCAAUAAAAAGGUGUUAGACUUGCUCAAAAGUCAAAAGAGUGGUUCAGAUAGCUCAAGUGAGAUCCGAGUCACUUCCAUUCCUCGAUCAUUUAAUAAGCCACACAUGGUCACACCCUCCGUUUCAAUAGCACCAGUUCAAGCAAAAGCUAUCUCAACAACACCUGAAGAUUUGAGUGAUGAAGAGAAUCUCGCUCGUGCAGCAAUUGCACUGAAGAAGAAAGCAGCGGCAAAGAAAGACGUGGUCACCAUCAGUAGUAGCUCUGGUUCAGAGGAUGAUUGUAUCGUCAUAUCAGAACCGAGCGCAGGUGAAGAAAGCGAACAAGAAGAUGAUCCAACCAACAGUGGAAUGCAUACCAACGACACUUACAAUGUACCUGAUGAACAGGGACGUGUGUUAAUAAAUGUUGGUCAUCCGGAAUCAGAACCCGAUGUUUUUCUCUCACCACAAAUUGCAAGAAUUAUCAAACCUCAUCAGAUUGGAGGUGUAAGGUUCCUUUUCGACAACAUUGUAGAAUCUCUUGAAAGGUACAAAACAUCCACUGGAUUUGGUUGUAUUCUGGCUCAUUCAAUGGGACUGGGAAAAACGCUUCAGGUUGUUUCUUUUUGUGAUGUGUUCCUGCGGUAUACCGAAGGCAAAAGUGUCAUGUGUAUAAUGCCAAUCAAUACUCUCCAAAAUUGGGUAGCAGAGUUCAAUCACUGGCUUCCAUUGCCUGCAGAAGCUCCCAAUUCUCCCCUUGCAGCUGAUGGUGAAGUCCGACCACGGGAAUUUCAAGUCUACAUUUUAAAUGAUUUCCAAAAAUCUAUCACUGCGAGAGCUAAGGUCAUACAAGAAUGGAAAAAAGAAGGUGGUGUUUUAUUGAUAGGAUAUGAAUUGUAUAGACAACUUAGUUUGAAAAAACCAAGGAAGCCUAGAAAUAAGAAACAGAAAGAGGAAGAAAUUCCAGACGAUAAAGCUAAGCCUCUUCUGGAAGAAAUGUAUGAAGCAUUAGUUAAACCUGGUCCUGAUCUCGUAAUAUGUGACGAGGGUCAUCGAAUCAAAAAUAGUCAUGCUUCUAUUUCGCAAGCUCUCAAGCAAAUUAGAAGCAGACGCAGGGUUGUUCUUACUGGCUAUCCGCUUCAGAAUAAUCUUCUGGAAUAUUGGUGCAUGGUGGAUUUUGUACGACCAAAUUAUUUAGGUUCAAAGACAGAAUUUAGUAAUAUGUUCGAACGUCCAAUUCAAAAUGGUCAGUGUGUCGACAGCACACCUCAAGAUGUCCGGCUAAUGCGAUAUCGUGCUCAUGUUCUUCAUUCUCUGUUAGAAGGGUUCGUCCAGAGGCGAAGUCACUCUGUUCUUCAACAAGCUCUUCCACAAAAAGAAGAAUAUAUUCUACUAGUUCGGAUGACACCUUUCCAACGGAAACUGUACGAAACAUUCAUGAAUGAAGUAGUUAGAAUUAAAGCUGUACCAAAUCCUCUCAAAGCGUUUGCUGUGUGUUGCAAGAUUUGGAACCAUCCAGAUAUAUUGUAUAAUUUUUUGAAGAAAAAGGAAGAAGUAGAUCUAGAUCUAGUUGAGGCAGCUGCGUGUCUUGGUACCCCUGGCUCAAUGACUACUAGCGUACCUCCCACUCCUCCUACGCCCACAACCAAAGGUGGGAAACGCUCUCGCGCCAAAGAUCCAUCAGCAGCAGCUAAAAAAGAUAAAAAGCCUCGGAAGGGCGCCAAGGGAGCUAAUGAUGCAGAGAAUACGCCUGCUGUUGCAACUGUUCUACCAAAUGUGAACAACAAUGCAGGAGGAAGCGAUCAGUCCUUACUGCCAUUCAAUUACAACAACCAAAACAACUCUAGUUCAUUCAACGCCAACUCAAGCUACCCCGACAGUGGAAAUUACAAUGGUUUUGAGCACCAACAGUUCCCUGGCCACAUCGGAACAAACUACAAUAACCCUAGUCAGCAGCCCUACGACUCGUUCAACUAUAAUCAAAGCAACUAUCCAUCGCAAAGCCCUCUUCCAGGAGCCACAAAUCAACCAGGGACACAGCAACAUCAAGCAUAUUAUCCACCAGGAUAUCAGGACCAGUCAAACUAUUGGCAAGACAACAGCAAUUUAUACCCCAACAACUCUGAUCCACAUUCAGAAAUGAAUUAUUAUGGGAACAGCGACAAUGGCUUUUACGAUCAGAACAACAGCAACUUUAGUACAUCAAACAACAUGUAUAAUCAAUCUAACUAUGCACGCGGGUGCUACGAUAAUAACAGUUCUGUCAGUGCGAACAUGCCUACCCCUGACAAUCCAGUCAACAUUCCCUCUUUGCCGAACGUGGGCAAUAGUUUAAGUGAUACGAGUAAUAACUUAGAUUCCUUCGCUAAUAAAGACAGUCGGAACUUUAGUUGUUUAAGCAAUCCUCCCAGUGUCCCCGCUUUUAACAAUGUAACGGACAAUGUACAUAAUAUUGUGAAUAGCAACUUAGGAUUAACAAAUUUACCGAAUAAUGUGGACCCAGUUGAUAGUCUCAUGAAUACAAAUCUAGCGGCAAACAACUGCGAAAGUGGGAAGAAUUCGGGUAAUUUCCACGGUUUGCCAGGUUAUCAGGGUAAUCUUUGCAACACGAAUAUGAUGAGUUCGAUUAUGAAUGAGUCAGUGGUUGACACAGUCAAUAAUCCUGCUUCAAACAGUAAUGUGAUGCAAGAUGCCUACAAUUCCAUCUCAUCAUACGGAAAUCAACAAUUUAAUAACUACCCUGCACGAGGUAAUAACUUUCCUCCACAUCAAAUGGAUGUAUCUCAAAAUCUUCCCUACAAUCACUUAGCAGAUAACCAACCAGGGUUUCCAUCGUCAGAAAAUCAGCCUGGAUUUUCUGCUGCGAAGCAAAAGACUGAUUUCUCUCCUAAAAAAGAGCUGGACUCGAAUAUAUUUCCCAGUAGUGAUAGUACCUUAAAUGAGCUUGGCUUUCCGUUUAAAUCUGAGUCGAAAGAAGAUAUCAAAGAUCUACCUACCGUUCUGUUUCCUUCCAAAGAAGAGAUUAAAUCUGAAACAAAGGAGGAGAUCAAAGAUGAAUUGAAACCUGACUGUGCCAUCAAAGACAAAAAAGAAGUUACUGCUGCUGACAGUCAAAAGGACAAUUCUCACAAUGAAUUGGGAAACUUGGCUGAUGGAACCAAAAAGGAUGUUACUUCGGUGGUUAAAUCUACUUUUGAAAGCCCAGCAUCCAAGAAAGAGGACCCAGGAAUUCCAUAUGAUUGGGCUAUCAAACUAUUGGAGGAUUACGUUCCUGGGCUGAUUGAUUCGUCCCCAAAAAUGGCGAUAUUUUUCUGUAUCGUGGAAGAAUCAAUUGCCAUGAGAGACCGGAUCCUAGUUUUCAGUCAGUCUCUUUUCACGUUAAAUUUAAUUGAAGAUUUUCUCCAGAGAAACUACAUUCCAGGGACUGAUACAUAUUGGGCUAAAAACUGGAGCUAUUACCGUUUGGAUGGGAGUACAACUGCCUCCGAGAGAGAAAAAUUGAUAAACGAAUUCAAUGCAAACGAUCAAGUACACAUGUUUCUAGUAUCUACUCGAGCUGGGUCAUUAGGUAUCAAUUUGGUUGGUGCUAAUAGAGUAAUUGUUUUUGAUGCCUCCUGGAAUCCUUGCCAUGAUACCCAAGCUGUGUGUAGAGUUUAUCGUUAUGGCCAGCAGAAACCAUGUUUUGUCUAUCGAUUGGUGAUGGACAAUUGUCUAGAAAAGAAAAUCUACGAUCGUCAGAUAAACAAGCAAGGAAUGGCAGACCGAGUUGUUGACGAAUGCAAUCCUGAUGCUCAUCUGUCCAUCAAAGAAGUUGCAAACUUGUGUUGGGAUAACGAUGAGGACUCCGUGCCACAAGAUUAUUCUAAUCAGAAGGAUAAAUAUUCAGACUUCAUCAUUCAUAAAAUCCUCGAUAACUAUAGUCAUUUCCUUUCAAAGGCACCAUUUGAACAUGAAUCUCUUCUUGUUGAUCGAAAAGAUAAAAAACUAUCCACUGCAGAGAAAAGGCUGGCUAAACGAAGUUAUGAACUUGAAAAGCAAGCCAACACCCGCCCCACUUAUAAUUUUGUCGGAAAUCAGCAAGGUCUUCAAAUAAGAUCCAUGACGAAACCAAUGGCUAGCGUACGUCCGAUGCAGUCUGAAAACUCUUUGACAAAAGAUGGCAACAGCAAAUGGAUUCCUGCUGAAGUGUGGCAGAAACAGGGAAUGAGUGCUCAAGAGAUGACGUUGCCGCUCGAUGUUGUUAUUCCUACUAACUCUGCAGACCGAUCAUCGAUCGUCCUCAAUGCCGGGCAGAAAGUGAUGGUUCUGAAAAGCCCAAAAGGAAUUUACAUGCAACUGGAGAACGGGAAAAUUAUAGCUAUCAGAACAGCAUACAAAGUAGGGGCAGGUGGAGCUGCUAACAAAGGGACUGAGAAAAAAGUUUUCCCAGCUCAACCUCAAACGAGGCAAAUACCCUUGAAUCGACCUCCGUUUGACCGAAAUGUCAGGGGUCUCGAAGGGAGGAGAGAAAUAUCAGUUUCACCAAUCAGAGGGAGAGGUCAAGCAGUACCAGGACUUCUUCGCAAUAAUUCAAGCAUCUCCAUUACUCCGAGAACGGUUCCUGUCACUCGCAACGUAGCUCCUGGAGCGAAGCACAACGGUGGUCUGAUUCGGCUCCUUGGACCGAAAAGCAGAACGACUAAUGUAAGACUUCCAGUCAUUAAAGAUUCCAAUGUUUCUGUAACCAUUACGAAAAGAAAUCCCACCACAUCAAACGCUAACUUAGGAUCCGGUUCGUUCUCAACACCUCCAAGCUCCGAGCAUUUGGAACGAGACUCAAGUUACCACUCACGGCUCGAAACUAAAGCAAAGCAAGUCGAAAGCAAGGGAACCAGUGCUGACUUCUCUGACAACCUAAGUCAGUCUCCAGGCAGUAGUAGCAGUAGCAGCUUUAGCCAUCAAAUGGAAAGAGCUGAUUCAAAAUCUGUGGGUACAGAACCUGCAGAUUUUAAAGAGUCCGGUGGGCUAAGUCAAGGCACUUGCACUAGUUCCUCGUCUCUAGACAGUAUUUAUAAUGAGCCCACUAAAUCAAAGCUAGAUGUUAAAAUGGCUAGCGAGUCCGUACGGACGAAACUUGGUAUCAAGUCUCCUGAAUACAAGCAUUCCGAAGGGGUGUAUCAUGAAUCGAUCAGAUCCAAAAUUGAUAUCAAACCUGUGGAAAGGGUGGCUUCUGAACCAGUCCGGACAAAGAUAGAUAUUAAGCCAUCAGCUGAUUGUAGACCAAAAAUCGACAUAAUCCCAUCAAACUACAAACAAAUGGAUAAAGUCUACUAUGAAUCCGUUCGUUCAAAAGUUGAUGUGAAAGCAUCAGACUUCAAGCAAACAGAUUCCGCUAGACCAAAAAUGGAGAUAAAGCAGUCGGAACCUGCCAGGCAAAAAAUAGAUAUGAAAGCCUCUGAAUACAGACCGUUGGAUAAAAUGAAAAACUUGUCAUAUUCUCAGAGUCAAGCAAUUUACCCUCCAGUCAAUGAGCGUCCAAGUGGAUCUCAAGGAGUAGAUAAAUCAAAAUUCCCCUCGCUCCCUAACAUCUCUUUCAAUCCGGUCAACACAUCACAGAAAAACUAUCGGCCCACAUCUCAUCAGCGGUCCACGCCGGCAAUGAACAGUACCUAUCGCAACGAUAUGAACCGGAUGCCGGAAACAUCACCUGCUCUAGAUUUUAAGAAACCGACCUCCACAACCACAUUCAACUCUGCCACUUACUCUGGUGGCGUCGUAUCAGAUCUGCAACAAAUGCCGCAACAGUAUAAAAACCCCUCGCCGUAUUCAUCCUCAGAAAAACCGCCUCUCACCAAAGAUACCGCUUUUCAGAAUUUGAAACAAAGGGGAUCGAUUAGUAUUAUUCCGAUGGACAAAGGGCCCAAGCCUGCUCAGACCUCUCUUCACAGCCAAACCCAUCAGAUAGCGUCGGGUACAAAUCAGGCAUCACAACUCCCUCUCAAUCCGGAGUAUGAUUAUCGGUCCAUGGACUCAGGCGUUGAAUCGUUCUCCUCACCCGCUUAUAGAUCAGAUUAUUACUCGGACUACAGUCAGCCGGUUUCAUCAGCCCCUGCCUCAAACCCACAGAUCUACUCACACCCUAGUGAACGGUCCUCUAUGCAGUCGCAUUCUGGGUCGUAUGACAUGUACCAGCAGCCAUACUCAAGUGGAAAUGUUGAUAGCUCGGGGGGUAAUGUUGGUAGUUACGGCUCAACUGCGUACAACCAGACUUCUUACGAUCCCUCUGCAAUGAAUCAGCAAAUGAACCAACAAAUGUACAGUGCCUUUCAUAGGCCGGAGCCUAUUUACCCCUCCCCACCGUCUGGUUCCUAUCAGAACGCAGCUAAUUCCUAUCAGUACGACCCAUACUAUACUCCAUACCCUGGUGCUCCCGAUAAUUCUUCUUUGCCAAACCCACAAAGACCACAAUGAAGAAGUGGUGCGGUGCGCACUCAUUUUUCUUGAUUUGAUCUCAUUCUCAUACAUGCAAGCAAGUCACUGGUUCAUUUGUUCCGAUGCGUUUUCACCUACUUAAUCUGUAUCAGUGUGCAUGAGCCUUGUUCAAAUUGUGUCUAUAAUUUUUUUUUUUUUUUUUUUUUUUUAGUAUCUUUAAUCUAUAGCGAUUGUUCGGUUUUACACUUCCCAAGUAACAAAACUAUUAAUGUGGCAAGUGAUAAAGCGUUCUGAUAAAUGUAGGAAUGAACCAUUAGACAAGGUACGAAUUUAAGCAUUCUGUUACUUGUUUCCUAACCAAAAUUUCUUUCAGAAACCGAUUUGCGCAAGGAAUAUUACUCAAAUCAACUCUUUUAUAAGAUAAUAACGGUUUUAUUUUACAUCGGUCCUAGGAAAUUUGAACUCCUCGUUUGCAAGAAAAACAAAUACCUACUUCAAUCAAAUCGCGCACUUAGUUGGUAUUGGCAGGUUUCGUAAUCAAGCAAUGUUCCCUAUCAGAAUCCUUAAAUUCACACCUUGUCUAGUGGUCCAGUUCUACAUUAAUGAGGAUGUUUUACUUCAUGUUCCAUAGCAAGCUGUGUCGUUUUGGUUGCUAGGUUUGAUAACGUACACCGAACAGUGAAAUGCUCCUUGUAAAUUGCUUUCAAGCCAUAAACUCUUGGCUACUUCUGUAAGUAGAAUAUUUUUUUUUUUUUUUUUUGCUGGUAGGAGAGAGAUUAUCCUACUCGAGUAGCUUUUCAACAGAACACCCAGUAUAUUUACUUAUUUUUCUUUUCCUUAUCCUAGCUCUGGGGAGUUCAUCGAUAACGUUCCUUAUCUUCCUUGCUGCAAAUGUAGAAGCAGGGUCCGCGAUAAUUGCUCUCUGUUUUGCUUUUCCUCUUGAAACUACAAGAGGGGCUAAGCUUUAGCACAUUUCAUCUGUUACUUUUUUGUUGGCAACUUUAGCAUCUUAAAAAUCUUUUCAACUGUCCUUAUUAUUUUAUUUUAGCUGGAGUGUUCAUUUAUCUAUUGUAUUUCUUCAGAUCUAAACUUGCAGUUUUACUCUCGCAACUUUCCUAAGUUUCUUUGUUUUUAGAACCCAGUUAUAUCAUUUAUUGUAAUUUUUAUUUUUUGAGCUUCAGUAACAGUUUGAUUUUUAAAUGCGAAGUUAAAGUUAGCUCAAUAGUUGCAAGCUAAUUUUCUGGAGGAAAAUAUAUUCCUGAUCAGUUUUACACACAUCCAGUUCUUGGCCACUGCUGUCCAUAUCUCCUCUCAAGAGGCCAAUGAUCAAACUUUAUUUUUUAGCCCUGUUGGUUACUCUUUCCUCUUUCUGGUAGCUUUUAGUAAGUUGUGUCGUCUUUUUUCUUGUAAAUGACAUCUAAUCAUUGUUGCUGAUCAUUGAUUUUUAUUUCCAAUCAUGCUGCCGAUUGUAGAAUAGUUUUAUUUUGUUUUAAUACAUCAGACUAAUAUGUUUUGUCCACCAGAGCAAGGUUACCUCACACUUUGGCCGAAGUAAUCCGGUGAACUGACAAUGAGCACUGUCAGUUUGACAAACUAGUUUCUGCUCAGUUUAACUGGCUAAGGUAGUCAAAAAGUGAGAUUAUACUUUGGCCAUACACAGACUGACUGAGAGGAGUUUGCGAGGGAAGUUUGAAGGAAAUUCGUCCCUAUAGAUGAAGUGUGAGGUAAAAGUUCCUUAGUUCCUAAUCUCAGUUGUAGGCCCAUCAACGACGACAGCCUCUGUAACCAAUCAUUGCAAUUUUUUACUGCCAUCCCCUCUUCUCCUUGUUUUCAAUUUCCAUUGCUGGUGCAACAUCGUUAUAGUUGUAUUUGUUAGCAUUUCCAAUUUUCAUUUUGUGACGGAUGUGUUUAUUUUCACCUGAAUUGCUAUCACAAAGAAAAUGACAAAAAUUUGAUAUUUCUAUUACUCCUCAAGUUACUUGCAACCCACUUUAAUGUAGUUGCCUAAUAAACAACACCGUAGAAGAGCAAUUCAUAAGAUUUCAGGGAGUGAAAGAAGAACAAUUAUUUUGGUUCCAAGAAAGAAACAGAUAGAUUCGAAACUUUUUGACAGCUACAGUGGCACUAUUACGUGAAAUUUCACUCUCCUAAAAGACAUCUUAUUUUUCUGUUUUAUACCCAAAA